UACUAUCCGUAGCUAUAUCGAUAACCUCAAUAUUUCGGGUCGAAAAUACAACCUACGGUACGGGGCUGAUAUGGAGUAUUCAGACUAAUAACGACCUGCUAAUCUUAUCGUUCACGCAGUAUAGAUCAUAUUGUUGAAUGCGAAUUAUGCGAGUAAGAUUGAAUAAGUACACGUAAGACGAUUAUACAAGCAGGCCCUGUCCAUCAUGGCAGUCGACGAUCGUGCUCGAUUUUCCGCCAGCCGGCGACAGAGGACGAAUGUGAUGACAGCUGUCAAAGCAGACGACAGUACACGCGCAGGCGCAGACGUAACUGCGUGGAUUGUCGUCUGCUUGACAAACUACGUGAAAAAAGUUUUGUCAUUUGUUAUGGAAUCGUUUGGAAUGGAGACAAGCUCGGAACUACGGCUGCCACAGUCAACGUCCAUGUCUGUGAUGGAACAGGCUAAGCACAUAUGCAAGGAUUACACAUAUCACCGACUGUCAGAAAAAGAUAUGACAAAGAAAUUAACGUUUGUGGGCUAUAAUUCAGUGUUGUCGGAAAGUUAUAUCAACGCGGGAGAAGUGCUGGAGAAAAUGUACCCUCGAGUUUAUACGGACGUUUCAAGGAAGAUUGGAAGAACUAUGAGUAGUACAAGUAUUGUGAAAGCAACUCUGAACGACGUGUUGGACAUUCUGUUCCGUGAUUCCAUUACUUGGGGUAAAAUUGUGUCAAUGUUCGCGAUAAGCAGUUCGUUUGCCGAGGAGUGCGUUCAACAAGGACACCCUGAUUUCGUCAACGACGUAGUCGACACGGUUGGAGGAUUCGUCGUCAUGCACCUCGUGGAAUGGCUUGUAAAACAAGGUGGAUGGAAGGGCCUCGACAACGCCUUCAAAGAGAACAAGGAUGUCAUUAGCCCCACCUUACUCAUCGGCAUCAUCGGGGCCGUCGUCGGGGCCGUCGUCGGCGUCGUCACAGUCACCAUGUCCUGCAUCGUAGAGCUCAGGUGACAGUCGGACAACGCCCCUUGUUUGAAUGAGAACGGCUAACGUGUUGCGAAAUGUACUAUGCCAGAAUGUAAGCCGACAUCACUGAGUGCAGACAUUCAGGUUGCGUGGUUAUAGGAGUCACGUCCGACGUAAUCAGGUGUCUUUCCAUGUCAAGUUACCGGAGGAAUAGAGCAUGAUUGUGCGUAAGAGAAUUCACCAGGUCAUUGACAUCGUCUGCCCGAUUCACCAUCCCCGGGAGAGGUAUAACGAGUUCAAAUUAGUUCAUUUUCGUGGACAUUGACUGUCAUUCAGAAUGGUCUAAAAAGACUUUUCAAACUUGGUAAUGACAUUGGACAAUGUCCUUAUGAAAGACUAAAUGUAAAUGGCGGGUUGGCGGUGCCAUUUGCGACAUCGGUGACCAGCUGUACUCGACCAGUAUCUGCUUCUGAAAAACAUUAUAAUGAAAAUAUCAUAGCACGGGACCAUAUUUUCCGUGUUUGUGUGUGUGUGCGUGCGUGGGUGCGGGGUUCGAUUCCCCAUGAGUAGAACGUGCGAAGACAAUUUGUGGUUUCCUCUGCUGUGAGACCCUGGAUAUUUGUUGAAUGUUGAGUGUUUUGUUUCCAAAUUGCCAGGACAGCGUAUAAACGUAUGUCCUAGUUAAUGACCAAUAGCUUCAUGUUAUGCUGGCGUUGCUUGAUAUUCAAAACACAACCAAUAUGUUGCGGUGGAGAAAGAUGGUCCCUCUUAUGUUCCGAUGCUUAGCGAGUAUGGUGAAUACUUGUUGAGCAGCACUGUCCCUGAACAGGUUUCAUACUCACACUUGAAUGUAUUCAGCGCAAUAUUGUAUGUACAGUUUGUGUUCUUUGUUGCUCAUGAUGCCAAUCAUUAGAUUGUCUGGUCCAGACUCGAUUAUAUACAGACAGGCGUCAUAAAUCUGGAAUAUUUCCGAAUGCAGCGUUAAACAAGAAACAACGAAACAACAAACAAUUAUUUUACAACAUUCUUUCAGGAUAUCCAGCACGUAAAGCUAUCUAACACUUUUGGGGUAAAACGGAAUUAUUCCACACUGCAUGGUCAGAAUCGGCCGCGUGGUACAAUAUGUCAAUGUUUACUUACAUUAUUUUAAACAUGCAAACUAAUUGUAAACUUCUCCCUUCUUGCCCAGUCAGGAUUGUAACAUGUAAUGAGAAAAAGAUAUUAACUGGCUUUCGAGUCUGGAUCAGACAAUCCAGUGGUUGUUAUUCUAAACAUCCGUCCGCGCAAAUGGGAUUCGAUGAUAUGCCAUCAACCAAGUCCGAUCCGUUUUGUCGCCUCUCACAAAUAGAUGAUCCGUGCAAUCAUUAUUAUACGCAUGCAUGUGCAUCCAUCCCCUCGCCGAAGCUGUGGAAUAACCUACGACAACGUUUGUAGCGCAAUUCCACCUUGGUGAAUGGAAUCUGGUGCAUCAUACAUGAGUGAGUGAG